GUGUUUUGCGUCCCCCUCCCUGUGAGAAGCCCUGUGGCGAGGAGGCCCUGCUGGACCUUCAUGCCAGGGUUUGAGUUGGCGCCGGUGGGCGGGGGUUGCCCCGUGGUGCUGCCGCCUGGGGAGACAGUGAUAGGAAGAGGUGCCCUGCUGGGAGUCUCUGCCCACAAGUCCGGGAGGAGUCCCAGUUGCUGCUGUCUGUUGCUGGGAAUAUCCCUAGCAGCUGGAGAAGAACACAGGGUGAAGAAAGCACUAUUACAGAUAAAAGAGUAUCCAGGAAACAUGCUAUUCUGAAGGUAGUUGGUGACCAUCUUAGCAUCAAACCGGUCCAUGUAAACCCCUGUUUUUAUCAGUCGACGGAAAAUGAUGAACUAUUGCCAAUGGAUACUGAUAGAUGGCAUCAGCUGAGUCCAGGUGACAGAUUUUCCCUGCUAGUAGACAAAUAUAUCUUCAGGGUUCUCAUCAUUUCUUCAGAGGGGGAAAGUCUGCUAAGGAAAAAUGGGAACCUCUGUGUAGAAGACAUACCAAAUCGAGCUACCUCGUCACUUCAGCAAACCAAGAUGCCUCGCAGACAGCCUUCAUCACAGCAAACAAUGUCCUCCAACAAGAGCCAACUUUUGGAAGUAAACUCACGAUUAGAAGAAGCAGCUGAAAUCCCAAAGAAGUUUUCUGCUAGCGUUUCUGAAAAUGAAGAAGUAAGACUUCAUCAAAGGAAAAGAGUGCUUCCAGCAUGGAUGCUGCAAGCAGACAUAAUAGUCCAAAGUUCAUCAGCCUCAGGUUCAGGAAAAGGAAAUAGUAGAGAAAUGAAACAAAGUCCAGGGAAAAAGCAAAAAAGGACUGAAAAUGAAGAUGCUGCCCUUGCUACACAGGAUAUAAAACAUCUAUCUGCUGAACCUAUUGUGAGAAAAAUGGAAAAGAAUGAAAGCAAAAUGUUAUGCCAAAGAGCUGUAAGUCCUACAGGGCAAUGUAAUCGUCAACUUCAUAAUGAAGAGUUACAGCUCAACACAGAUGCACUCGCUUGCCAGCCUGCUGAAACAGAUAUAACUAAUAAAAAUGAAAACAUUUUGGAGAAUGUUCAAUGUAAUCCUGAGCAAUUUCAUCAGGACAUGUCACAAACUCCAGUUCACCAGGGUGAGAUUCAAGAGCUUCUCAAUCCGUCUACCGAGACAAGCAUUUCUACCGAGAUAGGCAUUUCUAACGUAACUGGAAGUCAAGAUGUAACACAAAACUCUAACAAAACUACACACCAGAGGACAGCUUGCCUCUAUGGGAGAAGCUGCUACAGGAAAAAUCCUAUACAUUUUCAGCAGUUCAGUCACCCCGGAGAUAGUGAUUAUCAUGAUACAGAAUCUGUAACUCAAGCUGACACUGAUAACAGACCUGAAUGCCCUUAUGGAACUGCUUGCUACAGGAAAAAUCCACAGCACAAGCUGGAAUACAAACACACUGUAGCACCAGAACCUGAGAGGAUGCAGACAAGACCGAAGGCUAUUAAAAAAGGAAGACGUGUUUUGGAUGAUGAUAGUGAUAAUGAUGGUGAGCCCAAUGAAUACAACUUGAAUGACAGCUUUAUAGAUGACGAAGAGGAAGAAGAGUGUGACCCUACUGAUGAAGACUCUGACUGGGAGCCAGAUUUUGAAGACAAGGAUGAUGAAGAUGUUGCCACACUUCUGAAAGAAGCACAGAAGAUUGUUAAAAGCAAUAAGUAGUUGUACAUGCUUUGCAAAUAUGGUGCACAAUUCACAUGAAACGUCCUGAAUUCAAUUUGAUUUAAAUGGUUCACUUUAACCCUUAAAUCAAGUUGGUAUAAAUGUUCUCUUGAUUCUGUCCCUUGCAUUUAAGAAGACAGGAGGCAGUUUGGAAGACAGUCAUAAUAAUUUAUUGAUACCAAUUUAUAUCUCAAGAUAUUGAGACCAAAUAGAUUGUUUAAUGAAGAAAAAUAUAUUGGUCAGAUUGAGAGAGGUUACUCCAACCCAUUAGUGUGAAUGGGAUGAAAGCAUUUAAAUCUGGCUCAAGAGUGCCAGAUGAGUAGUAAUUUCCCCUCUAAGAAUAGUGGUUUAGAUGAGCCUUUACCUCGAAAUCGGCUCAUAAAUUUUGCACUAAUCUAUACUUAAUGUAUGUAAAUCUUAAAUGCUGUUUCCUCACAGCUGGUAAUGUCUGAGAGAAGGUCAUGUAUCUUGAGUUGUAACACUUAACACUACUGAUUUUAAUGCCUGAUGUACUGUGCCACAUACGGCAUUGAGGCUUAAACUAGGAGGUUUUUAUUUACAUUACUAAAGUUCAUCUUCAUGUUAAAUGAAGGGAAUGUUACGUUGCAUAUACGUAAUCAUCAUAUACGGUAGAUCAUGACAGUUUUAGAUAGACAGUUAAACCAAGUUGGAAUUUGGUUCAUUAGCUGCCAAACUGGUAACCAGGCUGUAACCAAUCACUGUCUUUCAUAUUCCAGCUAAUACUACAAACGGCAUUUGUUUUCUCUCUGUAUUUCAGAAAAAAAUGUUUAUAAAUUUAUGAUGAAAGCAAUUAUGUCCCAAAUCUCUUUCCAGUAUUUUUGUUCUUCUAAAAGUGGUUGUACAAUGCUACAACACUCUGUUUUUUUACUCUGAAACAUGAAUCCCAGGUGACUUGGCUUUGCACUGGAAUCUGAGGCACAGGUUUGUCUGUAAAAACACUGAUAUACAUUUAAAUAUGCUGUGUAGAUAUUAAACAUGAAAGUCUUUUUGAAAAGUAAACAAAUCAGUAUUGCCACUAGCCUUGGGCAAAUAGCAAUUCCCCCAGGCAAACAGCCAAGUGGCAGCAACUUUUCACCCCUCACUGCAGCAGCGCAUUUUUUAGAUUCCAGAAGAGUGUUUUGCACAGCUAUUAAGGGCAAGAGAGUCAGUCUUUUCAUUUUAAUGACUUUUUCCAAGUUGAGGAAAGAGUGUUGCAGAGCAUUCCCAAUUUUAACGUUUUGUUCACACAAUAACUUCAUCCAAACUAGGGAUAAUGUGCCUCUCUUGUAUUGAGUAGGUCCUCGCCAAAGAAACUUGGGCAACCAAUUGCACAGAGCACUUGAUAGUAUCCUGCAGAUAGUGCUCUUUCGUAUAACUUUGUGAACAAGGUGGAGAAAGAACAAUGGCUCUAUUAUUAUUUUUCUUUAAUUGUUAGUUGUCCUGAGAAUGCUCCAGGGUUUGAGGGUGUUAUAUACCAGUAACUGUAUUAAAUAAACAAGAUUCACCGGA